AUGCACUUAUCGUCCGACUUCUCGUCUGUGAUUGGGGCGAAUUGCGCGGAUCUCAUCUGCCCCUCUUUUGUGCCCAACACGUCACUCCUCCGCCCCUCCUCCGCCCCCGUUUUGCGCCCAACACGUCACUCCUCCGCCCCUCCUCCACCCCCGUUUUGUGCCCAACACGUCACCCCUCCGCCCCUCCUCCGCCUCCGUUUUGUGCCCAACACGUCGCCCAUCAGCCCCCGUUUUGUGCUCAACACACCGCCCAUCAGACCGCGUUUUGUGCCCAACACGUCGCCCAUCCGCCCCCGUUUUGUGCCAACACGUCACCCAUCCGCCCCCGUUUUGUGCUCAACACACCGCCCAUCAGACCGCGUUUUGUGCCCAACACGUCGCCCAUCAGCCCCCGUUUUGUGCUCAACACACCGCUUCCGCCCCCGUUUUGUGCCCAACACGUCACUCCUCCGCCCCUCCUCCACCCCCGUUUUGUGCCCAACACGUCGCCCCUCCGCCCCUCCUCCGCCUCCGUUUUGUGCCCAACACGUCGCCCAUCAGCCCCCGUUUUGUGCUCAACACACCGCCCAUCAGACCGCGUUUUGUGCCCAACACGUCGCCCAUCCGCCCCCGUUUUGUGCCAACACGUCACCCAUCCGCCCCCGUUUUGUGCUCAACACACCGCCCAUCAGACCGCGUUUUGUGCCCAACACGUCGCCCAUCAGCCCCCGUUUUGUGCUCAACACACCGCCCAUCAGACCGCGUUUUGUGCCCAACACGUCGCCCAUCAGCCCCCGUUUUGUGCUCAACACACCGCUCAUCAGCCCCCGUUUUGUGCUCAACACACCGCCCAUCCGCCCCCGUUUUGUGCCAACACGUCACCCCUCCCCCUCCCGUGUUGUCCCCAACACGUCGCCCCUCCGCCCCGGUUUUGUGCCCAACACGGCAAUACGUCGAUCAUAUUUAAAUUUUUUCCUGUUGGACGCCCGUUCGUUCAGAAGAUAA